UGCUCACUCUCUCUUCGAUCGUUAGCUAGCCCAACGACUAAAAGCUAAAUAUAUACUCCUCCACCACCUCAUUCUUAGCGCGAGCCCAACCAGACGCUAGUUAUCUUGAGCUUAGCUCGCCGGCCGGCCAUGGGCAACUGCCUACAGAGCGGCGGCGCGGCGGUGGGAGACGGCACGAUGAGGAGUAGCAGCAGGAGGAGAGGAGGCGGCGGUGGAGAGGAGGAAGACGAAGCUGCUGCGGCGGCUUCGGCAGGGUCGGUGCUGAAGGUGAAGAUGGUGCUGACCAAGGCCGAGCUGGAGUGGCUCAUGGCGCAGCUCAAGGCCGGCGACCGCCGCCUCGAGGACGUGCUCCACGAGAUGGCGCGCAAGCGCGACGGGCUCUCCGCCGCCGGAGGCGACGGGUGGCGGCCCAGCCUGGAGAGCAUCGUCGAGGGCCCCGAGCUGACCGCCUUCAGCUUCGACUACUGAUCUUGAAUCACCUGGGCCUGUUCACUGUCAGAGAGAGCCUCCAUGUGCACCUCCUCCUUCCAUCAUCAGCAGCUAAAUCACCUUGUUAAUGAUGCUUAGAGCUCGUUGAUUUCAUGUUAGCCAUGGAUGCCCGCCAUGGAUGCAAGGAAAGGGAUGAUCAGUGGCUUAAUUAGUUUAACUUUUUUGCCCUGAUGGCUAGAGUACUUUGUUAAUUAUGAGGUACUUGCUGCUUUGAAGUUGUAGCUAGGGAUAAUUAAUCUAGGUUUGCUACUUUGCUGCUUUGAAUUAAUCUUUUACUACCUUUUUCUUUUCUUUUCUUUUUGUAUAUAGAGUGUAUUUCUGAGAAUUAAGCAGAAUUACUCUUGCAGUGUUUGUACUUUUUUACUUGUGCUCUUCCCAGUUUUCUUCCUUU